AUGAUAAGUUCUGCGCCGUCGCUCCAGAAGCUGGAGCUAGAGAAUGUUUGGAUGGACUGUGAUGACUUCGAUGAGUGCGUUAUUCAUCAGGCGCCGAAUCUUCAGACGUUAACUAUUGGGUCAGAUAGUGAUUAUGGGUGGCAGAUUGAGGAGUUUUCUACUCUCCAGAGGGUAACGAUCAAUGUUGAUGAAUACUCUGUUGGUCGUGAUUUCGUCAAGCUGCUCACAUGCUUCAAGUCACGCUUCUUGAGUUCCACGAGGGAUUUGGAGGUGAUGAUCCACAUGUCUCCGUUGCUUGAGACACUGGAGCUUAGGGAUGUUUGGAUUCUUGGUGACGAGUUUGAUGAAUGGGUCAUUCAGGUGCCCAAUUUCCGCAACUUAACUUUUGUUGCAGAUGAGGAUUAUGAGUUACAGAUCGGGGAUCUUCCAUCUCUCGAAGAAGCAAAUAUUAGUAUUGAAACCUACUACUAUGUAGCAGAGGUUAAUGUUCUCGAGAGACUGUCAUGUUCUUUCCGGAUAUUAAAGAGUUUGAUACUCCAUACAAACUUUUGCAAUGUGUCUAGAAUUUUAUCUAUUUUUUCUUUACUUAGGAGUGCUCCCAACCUCCAACAGCUGAAAACUAAGAUUAUGGACUGUCAAACUCAGAAUGAUGAAAUUGAUCUAGAUUUUUUUAGUGCACUAUGCACCAAUAGUCUCUUCACAAAGCUCAAGAUUGUUACCAUUUCAAAUGCUAUAUUAUGGUCAAAUGAGAUGCAUUUUAUCGAGUUUAUUCUAUCCAAAGCAAGGCUCCUUUGUGCCCCUUUUGUUUAUCAAGAUGAUGAUGGUGACCCCUCAAAACCUAGUGAAGAGGCAGUUAUCCAGCUAACAAAAUUUAGAAGAGCGCCUCCAAAAGUUAGGGUUUUAGAACCAUCGAUGGAUAACCUAGAUCCUGUGAUCGGGAAUGGAGGCCUCGCUGCGUCGCCGCGGCUACGUUCGCCGUCGCCGGACGCAGUGGUGGGACUAGGGAAUAGAAGCUUGGACUCCGUCCCGCCGGAGCUGCUCAACGAGAUCCUCUCCCGCCUGCCCCUCCGCUGCGCCGUCUGCCCCGCCGCGCUCGCCCGCGCCUGGCGCCGCCGCUGGGAGUCCGUCCCCUCCCUCCGCAUCAAAUGGCGCGCUGGAGCGAACCCCAACGCCGUCAGCGGCAUCCUCCGGCGCUACUCCUGCCCCGUCCGCGAGUUCAGCCACUCGCGCAUCGGCGCGGCGUCUUUCCGCCACUCCGGCCGCUGGCUCCGCCUCGGCGCCUCCUGGCGCUCAGGGUAG